CGAGGAGCGCGCGGCGGCUGCAGUGCAGUGUGUGUUCAUACUGACUGACCGUUGCUUCUCACUGUGAACCUGACAAAGACAAAAGUUAGAUGAUCGUUUCUGACAGAAUCAGUGCAGGAUUUUAACUUAUAUGGGAAUCAAUAUUUUUCAUCGCUUUUGGAUCGUGAUGAACUUGUAUUCGUCAGCAUACAAGGAGGUCUGUUGAUUUUACAAGAAACCCUUCAGACCGAGACGGCGGACUGGACUAAAGCCAGGAGAGGUGGGAGGGGGUUCGGAAGAAGGAAGGAUAUAGGGAUUAGGAUCUAAUCCUGGACAUGACCAAUCUUUAAGGAGCUUCCCUGAAGACGUACUCUUUCCCAGAUUAUUACAUUUAGCUUAUUGCCUUUAAAGACUCCUGUACCUCCCCUGGGGGAGCCUGGGGAGCGGGCCGCUGGAGCGGCGUAUCUAUCAAAACAAAGGAUCAGGAGCAGAGGAGACUUUGGAAAAGGAGGGGCUCUGCCCAGACUACGAAUAUAUGUGUGCUGGGAUAAAGUCUGCAGUGUCUGGGAUUGAGCCACUAACUUACAUACCAGCAAGGUGCAGGGUACAGGUUACUGAAUGAACUUGGAUAGUGCUUUCAUAUUAAUAAGAAAAAAAACUGAUCCAGUGUUUCCUUUGAUUUCUACCUGGAGAAGUCAUGAACUUGGGGAAGUUCUCUGGCCUGAAGGGCCUAGUGUCUCACUCCUCAGGAAAGCGUCGCUUUAAGGGUGACCUCACCCCAGACAUGAUCAGCCCCCCCCUGGGCGACUUCCGCCACACCAUGCACGUCGGGCGAGGAGGGGAUGUGUUCGGCGACACCUCGUUCCUCAGCAACCACGGCGGAGCAGGAAAUAACGCAGAUGGAGACUCCUCCUCCACCUCAGAGAAGAAUGAGGGAUUCUUCUCCCGAACGCUUCGCCAUGUCCGGAGGACCCCAGACAGACCCCGCGGAGGCUCCAAGGACCUUUCGCCCCCACCACCACCCAUUUCUCCCAUCAUAAAAAAUGCCAUCUCCCUCCCUCGUCUGGAUGUGGACUCACCCAACGGUUGUCCUGUUAAAGUACUUUUUCCUAGUUCAUCCAAGACACCGGAUAACUCCACUUACAUGUAUGGUUUGGAGUCUGGCUUUGUCACGUUGCCCAGGCUGUCGCGCACCGAGCGGCAUUCCCAGGUUGCCUCACCCCUGUCCUGCUCUCCUGAAAUCCAUAGAGGUUCCCUCACUGACACUGGCAUCUCCUCCUUCCCCUGUUCAGACUCCGUCAGUCCCUCUGACUCCAUGAACUCUUUCACCCUUGACCUGGGCCCGUCCCUCAUGUCUGAGGUCUUUGGUAUGAUUGACAGCCCCAUGCGUGAAAACAGCAGUCCGAUCAUCGAAAAGUCGCACGAGGCCGGUGCCGCCUUUGGAUCAACCGAUGAUGAGGUGGACUCAGAUGCAACCACGUCCCUGGUGGACUCCCUCUUGAGAGAAGAUGGUGACGGUAGGACCCGGCUUUAUGGAGGAGAGUGGAAGCAUUCGGAUUUUGAAAAUGGCGAGUCGCCGAAAAAGUCCGCGAGGGGAGAUGUGAUGUUCUCCUACGCCGUGGAGGAUAAUGGCAUGGAGCCAGAGCGUUUCCAGAGGGCUGCUGAUGUGCUGGCACGUCAUUAUGGAGGAGGACUCAGGAAUACAGCCACCAAAAACUCUUACAGGAGACCCUACAACUACCCUGAUGAGGAAGAGGAGAUCAAAGUCUAACACUCAGAUUCCUUAGAGAAUGAGACUCUUAAGAAAUCAAAAAUCGCAAGCACUUUUAAUAACAUUUUCAAUGUGAAAAUGAAAAUCGAUCGGAUUUUGAUGAUUGA